AUUAACGGUUUUCUUGUUUUCUGGUUUUCCACCCUCUUCCAUGUCCCCCUUUGAAAAAGCAAAGAGCAGAACCCGAGACCCAAAACCCACUUUACUGUUUAUUCCAUCUUUUUCCAUGUCCCCCCUCUGUUAUAUAUAUCACCCUGACAUUCCCUAUCUGUUCCAUUCAUUACCAACACAUCAUUCCAUUCGUAGCUUCUCUUAUCAUUUGUUUUUUGUUUGCUUCUUGUACUUUUCUGCUCCCAUCUCACCAUCAUCAUCAUCAUCAUUUGCAGAUCAUUCUAUAUCAGCAUCUCCAAUCAGAGUUCUUCAUGGAGAGUGUUGAAUUGAAGGUGGAGAUGGUUGGCAUACAUGAGAAAAGACUCAGGAAAUCCCUGUCAAAAUUGAAAGGAAUAGAGAAAGUGGAAGUGGAUGCUAAUAGCCAGAAGGUGGUGGUUACAGGAUAUGCACACAGGAACAAAAUACUUAAAGCGAUAAGGAGAGGUGGUCUGAAAGCUGAUUUCUGGUCUGCACAAAAUGAGCUUCUCAAUGCCUAUGCCUGCAGUGCAAGCUAUGGAAGCUUGAGAUUUAACAACUUCAACUUCUUCUAAGAUUUUUUUUUUCCUCUUCUUUUUGCCCCUUACGUGGGAUAUGGUAUACCAAAGUUGUGCUUUGUUUUUUCACAUUUUAUUUUAUUUUAUUUGUUCCUGAUUCUGUUUCUCCUUUUUCUUUUUCAAAGGAACUGUCUCAUGAUGAUACAUGCUUAGAUAGAGUAAAAUGGAAGAGUCCUAGAUUUUGCAGAUUUACCAAGUUUUUUUUCCCUUUUCCUUUCUAUCCCUUUUAUUGUAACAUCUAAUUUGCUAAAUUAGCUCAGUCCAAGAGAGAGACAGUUGGAAUGAAGAUUAAAUUUUGCUGUGCCA